CAAUUGCAGAUGCUCUUACACAUCGCGAGGAGCGUCGUCGUCGCGCGUGAGAGAGAAUGGUGUAGAAAUGACACGACGAAUCCGAUCUCUCUGUCGCUCCAACAAAAGCUUCUUGCGAACGCAAAAGGGGAAAAUGAGGUGUUCGUCUCCCGCCCACAACUCUCUCACAUCAGCCAUCGAUUUCGUCGCCUAAUCUUUCGAUUUCGUGUUAAAAAACCUAGUCUCCUCCAUUUCUAUAGCUCUGCACCAUUUGUUCUCUUUUCCUUGCUUGGCUUGUAUUUCAAUUGACGUUUCCUCCAUCGCUUCCUACAUUUUCCUGGUUUAGUUUUCCAAUGGCAAAAGGUAGCAGGGGCCGACGUAGAAUUUCAUCUCAACAAUACCGGUCAAUACCAUACCCAUUGAUGUCCUGCAAUCAGGAUAUUUCGAAUGACUUGUGCCCGAGGAGAUGCUCCAAAGGCUUGGACAAGAAAGAUUGGGAAGAUGUAACUUGUUCUGUGUGCAUGGAGUGCCCACACAAAGCUGUUCUUCUUCUCUGUUCCUCUCAUGACAAUGGUUGCCGUCCCUACAUGUGUGGAACUAGCUUUCGAUAUUCCAACUGCCUUGACCAAUAUAAGAAAGCUUAUACUAAAGUGAUACCAUCCAGUGGUACUGCUGUUGGGAAUCGAAUUGUGGUGUCAGAUUCUGGUUGGCCUGUUGAGAAGUGUGGAGUCUCUGAGCUUGCCUGUCCCCUUUGCCGGGGCCAGGUAAAAGGAUGGACUGUGGUGAAACCUGCACGAGAAUAUCUAAAUGAGAAAGAGAGAAGCUGCAUGCAGGAUGACUGUUCAUUUUUUGGAACUUACAAGGAGCUAAGAAAACACAUGAGGGUGGAUCAUCCUUGUGCACAACCACGUGUACUGGAUCCAGUUCUUGAGCGAAACUGGAGAAGGCUUGAGCGAGAGCGUGAACGAGAUGAUGUGAUGAGCACAAUAAGAUCAGCUAUGCCGGGGGCAAUGGUUCUUGGAAAUUAUGUUAUAGAGGGAAAUCAUCAUGAUUUUGGCAUAGAUGAAGAUUGGAGAUUUGAUGCAAAUGGAGGGAGGCAUGGAGGCUUUGGAGUAGGUUUGGAUAGUAAUCUGGUUAACGUCUUCCUCCUAUUGCAUCAUGCAUUUGGCCCAUCAGGUGAUGACCUAAGUAGACGGCUUAGACAGUCUGAAAGGGCGUAUCGCCAUCCGUCAGAUGAUGGUACUGCUGGUGUUCGGCACAGCUCGCCUGUUGGCAGCUUGGAUUCCUCUGAUCAAGAUGAUGACAUUGAGAGCAACAAUGACAAUGGCGAUGAUGGUAGUGUAUCAUUAGUUAACCGCCUUCGGCAGCAUGGAAGGGUUCUUUUGGGACGUUCUGCUAGGGGAGGUAGACUUAGAGAAACCAAUGGAAGUAAUAGAUAGAUCAAAAUAAUACUGCAUGAAAUGGAAGCAGGGGACAGAGAUGUAGGUAUGAGGUCUUAUGAUGAAAAAGUUGCUAGAAAGUAAAAGGUGAUUCAUACAACUCAUUCAUAGUCUUUUGCAAUAGCUGGUAUUCCUUCCAUUUUGUGAUCUUCUAGUCUUCGUCUUCACUGCCUUCCAUGUUCUCCAUGGGGCAAUAAUAUGUAAACUUGUAAUUUCUUAGUCUUUGUGAAUUAUGUUUCAUAUCUGAUUGUUUCAUAAUGAAAUUGUUCUGGGAUUUUUUUU